AUGAACAUCGUCGAAUGGGCCUUCGGCAAACGCAUGACCCCCGCCGAACGUCUCCGCAAACAUCAACGGGCCCUCGACCGCACACAACGCGAACUCGACCGCGAGCGCGUGAAGCUCGAGAACCAGGAGAAGAAGCUCGUCCAGGACAUCAAGAAGAGCGCCAAGAACGGGCAGAUUGGCGCCUGCAAGAUCCAGGCGAAGGAUCUGGUGCGCACGCGCCGCUACAUCCAGAAGUUCUAUCAGAUGCGCACGCAGUUGCAGGCAAUUUCGUUGCGGAUUCAGACGGUACGCAGUAAUGAGCAGAUGAUGCAGUCGAUGAAAGGAGCGACGAUGUUGCUGGGGAGUAUGAACCGGCAGAUGAAUUUGCCCGCGCUACAGCGGAUCGCUAUGGAGUUUGAGCGCGAGAAUGAUAUUAUGGAUCAACGGCAGGAGAUGAUGGAUGAUGCGAUCGAUGAGGCGACCGGCAUGGAGGGCGAGGAGGAGGAUAGCGAGGAUAUCGUCAAGGAGGUGCUGGAUGAGAUUGGUGUGGAUCUGAGCCAGGCGCUCGGUGAGACGCCGACGGAUAUACAAAAGACGGCCGUCGGAGAGGCCAGAGUCGCCCAACCGGUGGGCGCCGGUGGGAACGCAGGUGAUGAUGACCUACAGGCAAGGCUGGAUAGUCUUCGUCGUUGAUGGUAUGACAUGAGCCGAUGCUGCUUGGAUUUCAAUCUAAUGAUCUCUUCUACCGUUCUGUUUCUCGUGCUGUUCCCACCUUUUGUGGGUAGGGGUUAUUCGGGUUGGGCAUAAAGCAUUAUCAUUCUCCAAGCGUAGCCCUUGCGCAUUCUAUAAAUAUAUCCAUUGCACAUCUCCCGCAAGC